ACAUCCUCUCGUCUCAGGUUCCUGGCUCCUGGAGCUUUAUUUAACUCCCGGCUACCCUCCAGCCUCGAGUACAUACCGAGUAAUGUGUGCUGUGCUGUGUUUACGGUGAUCGUAUACGGUAAUUAAUUUAUGAGAUUUGGUUAGUGUAAGAACGAUUAUCAAUUAAAGUUGGAUGCAAACUUAAAUUUCUAUCUAUUAUUAUCCAACAAAAACAAUAAAUAAAAAUAUAUGUGGUGUAAUAAUAAUUACAAUUGUGAAUAAUAAUGUCGGGAUCACAACGAAUGCGUAAAUCGUCGCCAUGCUCGACAACAAAGCAAGGCCCGAUGCGAGCAACCUUGCCGGUAAGCUCGUUGUUGAGGCAAAGCCGACAAGGAAGCAAUCUCAAGAAGAGCAACAGCAACAGUCCAACAGUAUCACCGACUAAUUCAAAUGCUUGGCGGUCUAGGAUCUCUCCUGAGACUUCGGCGUCUUCUGGACAACGGAGUCCUGGCUCUCUGUCAUACAAAGCUAAGUCAAAGACACUCAGCGGACGCUGCAGCGAUGGAUUGAGCGGCAACCAAAAUAUUAGAAGGACAGCAUCCCUUGACACUAUUUACUUGAAGGGACAGUGGCCUCGCGACUACUCUUACAUACCCCCCGCGCUACUGGUUGUUGAUAAAUCCACCCAGACUGAAGAGUGGUAUCAGCAAAAUGAGCCCAGGAAACUUCACACGAGACAUCAGGAGAAGGAGGCUUCUGAGGAGAAGAUUCCUAUGGAUAAGGUACCCAUGGAGAAGUUCAUUCGUCACAGAUUGCAGAGGACGAAUAAAGAAAGCAGUAGCAGCAGAGAAAGAACUGCUGCUUUUGGGUUAAUUAUGCCGGGAGGUCCUCCACCGGCACUUCCUGGUGAUCAUACGGUUAUGCUGGGGAGUAUUGGUUCACAGACCUCAAUUCAAAACCAAUUCAGCCUGAGUACAAAAGCAAGCCCAAUGAACAUACCAAUGAAACCAAUGAGGCCGCCGAUGCGUUCCUCUAUAGAAGGUUUAAACCAAGAAAUCGAAGGACUGGUAUUAAAAUCAACAUCCAACACUAAUGAAGAGCAUUCUGUCGAAGAUAAGUACGCGAGAUACCGGGAACAAAUAACUCCAGAAGGUCACCGAGCACCUCUGGCAGAUCUCCUAAGACAAACCAGGAGUGUAAACACGCAGACGCCGGCAACAGACCUUCCCUCCAGUUCGUAUUCUUCAGGCCCUCCAUCUAGGAAUUCCGAGUCACCAUUGAUACCAGGUCUUAUGGAUACUUCUCGUCCACCUAGUGAUCUUCCUCAAGGUGGGAGUCGCGGAUCAACUCCGGAACAAGAGAGAGAAGGACGUUUAGGUACGUCACCACACAUCAAUAGGUUCCUUGCACGAGAACCUCCUGAUGGUUGCGAAAAAGUUAAUAUGAAAUUCACCGAGGAUGUUAGACGACCGAUGAUUGAUAUCAGCAAGUUAGAUUACUGCCCGAAGCCGUGCGUUAAUUUUCAAUUGAAACCAAGUUUGACGUCAGCUUUCCUGCCACUUCAGCAGCCGGCGAAUUCAACAUUGGUUACAAGCACCGUGUCACCAUCAUCGCACACGACGUCGGCAACACCACCACCUCCAAAUCCAUAGUCCCAACCCGUACCUAGCAGCCUUAUCUGCGUCAACAUUCAAUUAACCACCGGUAGGAUUCGAACCCUGCUCGCCUGCAAUUCAAUCUUGAGAUUUUUUCACUCGGCUACAGCUAAUUAAUUUGAGUAAAAAGUGCAAAUCCGUACUUUUAUUUUCGGUAAUAAAAAUAAUCAUGAACUUAAUAUUUACCAAAAAUUUUAUUAAUCAAUUAAUUGUUUU